AUGGAUAUGCUAACAAGAGCGAGGAAUUCUCUAUUCGGAGCUACUCAACCAAGAAAUCUUCAUUCACUUGAUAAUCUUAAAUAUUUAUAUGGUGUGUUGCAACGAAAUACAACUGUAUCUGAUGCUAAUCGUGAUUUAUUGACUGAAACACUGCGAAGUAUUUCGGAAAUUCUCAUAUGGGGCGAUCAGCACGAUAGCUCUGUAUUUGAUUAUUUUCUUGAACGAGGAAUGCUAAUCUAUUUUUUGGAUUAUAUGCGUCAAAAAAAUGGACGUUUUAUAUGUGUACAAAUUUUACAAACGCUCAAUAUACUUUUUGAAAAUAUUCGUAAUGAAACAUCAUUAUAUUAUCUACUGUCAAAUAAUCAUGUCAAUAGGAUUAUUUUACAUAAAUUCGAUUUUAGUGAUGAAGAAAUAACUGCCUAUUACAUAUCGUUUCUUAAAACACUAUCAUUAAAAUUAAAUAAACAUUCAAUAAAUUUCUUUUAUAAUGAAAGAAAUAAUGAUUUUCCAUUAUAUGUUGAAGCGAUCAAAUUUUUCAAUCAUCCCGAAACAAUGGUUCGUAUUGCUGUACGAACAUUGACGCUUAAUGUUUACAAAGUUUCCGAUCCUGGCAUGCAUCGUUUUAUAUUGGAUUGCACAGCGACGGAAUAUUUUUCGAAUUUCGUCUGGUUUAUUCGAAAUCAUGUCUUAGAUUUCGAUGGUUUAAUACGAAAUAAUCGAGAUAUUAAUCAUCGAGGUCAACUAACCAGUAGUUUAGAAGAAUAUUUAGAUCAUAUACAUUAUCUUCAAGAUAUUUUUUUACUCAAUGUUGACAGUCUUAACAAUGUUCUCAAAGAUCAAUUGAUGAAUCGAUUAUUAAUACCUGUUUAUAUAUUUUCAUUAAUCAAACGUGAUAAAUUUUCUCGAGUGAAAGACCCGCGAAUAAUGCUUGAUCAAUUAUCAACACUCUUUCUUUUGGCCGAAGUCUUUCUUGUCAUACAUUAUCGUCCUGUCGUUGAAGAACUAGCUGAUAUUAUACUUUCAGUAGAUGUUGAAACCGUUGAAGCUAUUCAACAUCGUUAUGGAGAACAAAUAUCCUAUAGUCUACCACCGGCAUCUCUUGAAGUUUGCUUAGCUAAAUAUGAAGCUAAUGACGAGAGCGAUGCCAGCGACUCAGAAGUUGUAUUAAAAGUCGUAGAUAUCAAUGAUGACGAGGAACGACGUCAAUAUGAAGGUGAACAUUCUCGACUACGGUCCGCAUCAUCCUCGUCAACGAAUCAUCAAACUACGGAGACACAUAUAAAGCCAGCAUCGCUAUACGUAUCGAAUUGGACGGAUGAUGAAAAAUAUCGACGUACUAAAAAUCCAAUGCGUUUAACUAAUGCACAAAUAGAAGAUCGACCGUAUUUCAAUGCAUUGAUCAAAGCACUUGAAUGCACUGAAAAUGAUCAAUUGUGUUUCUAUGCAUUGAGUGUAUUAUUAACUAUGACUACAAAUCCAGCUGUCGAUAGUGUUAUUAUUGAAUCUGUUUGUUUAACAGUAAAAUCCUCGGAUAAAAGUUUCUAUAACGUAUUAUUAGUCGAUAAACUUUGCGAUAUUCUUGAAUUAGCAACAAUACACGAUUCAAAUAUUCGUAUUGUAACAUUAAGUCUGGCCAUAUCAUUAUUAAAAAAGCUUGUUUAUGAUGAAGAGAAAAAAAUCUCGUAUCUCUCGGAUCAUAAUAUGGCACGAAUUGAUCAAGCACGUAAACAAGCAACAACAGAUCUGAGACGAUAUUAUCCACAACAAGAACUUCUACUUGAUAUGUUUGAAGAUGAAUAUCGACAAACACAAUUAAAUCCGCUGCGUAUUGAACAUCUACUUAAAGAUUCGUGUAUGCUGUUUCCGCCAUCGACAACACCAUUGAGUGGUGUCGAGUUUAUCAAGCGUUUGCCAUCGGGUGACAUUGAAAGAGCUCGACGAUCGAUUCGUGUAUUUUUUCUCGUUCGCGCAUUGUUUCUGGAAUUAAAUUCAAUAGCAGAAACAGAAUUACCGUUAACCAAACCAGAAAAUCUACUCAAAUUAAAUGAUAAAAUCGAUUUUCAUAAUUGCGAUUUGAUUGCCUGUACGGUGCAUAUGACAGAAAGAAAAGAUCGUCGAUUUCUUGUCAUCGAUCAAAUGCAAUUUAUUCUUAUCGAACCCGAUGGUACAAAAAUCAGUUGGGGAAUCGUUAAAUUUUGCGAUCUAAUGCAAGAUGUUGAAGUAGCCAACGAUAAAGAAGAUAGCCGUUCGCUGCAUAUCACUAUUCACAAACCAGUUGCUAACAUCUAUGUUAAAACAAGUCCGCCUAUUCUCAAUGCAAAAUUUACAUUUGAUGAUCAUAUUCGUUGCAUGACUGCUAAACAAAAUCUAAACAAAGGUCGCCAAAGGUAUUGUCUUGUUUUCGCAUAA